GGUCAGAAUCGGAACUGACGUCACACAUCGGGAACGCAAAACACAGCCACAUUUACGAGUAAACAGGCAGAGAGUCUUGUGGUAUUUUCCGCAUUUUUGCUGCCUUUUACGAAACGAGAUUUAAUUCUUCUGUGUUUGUGGUGAGUGUUUUCUGUCUAGGAUACUAAAAUGAGUUCUCUGGAGCAGAAAAUCGAAGUCCCCGAGAUCCGUGAAGAGCUGACGGGGGAACAAUCUGUUGGGGACAACGGUGUGACAGAAAGGAGCCUCACCCCAGUCCAUCUGCAGGUGGAGCGACUGCGGGUGGAGGACGAUGGCAAUAGUUCUGCGUACACCAGCGAGGAAGAAGCAGGGAGUCAUGAAGGAAGUCACGACGAAAACCGGACUGCGGACGAGCCGGAAUUUGUGGCACCGGACGACGAACUCCGCGACAGAAUUAUCAAACAGGUGGAGUUCUACUUUUCUGAUCCCAAUAUUUUGAAGGAUGCAUUUCUGCUGAAGCAUGUGCGUCGAAACAAACAAGGGUUUGUGAGUAUUAAACUCAUAACCUCUUUUAAGAAAGUGAAAUCCUUAACUAAAGAUUAUCGGGUUGUUGCUUAUAGCCUGAGACACUCUGAAAAACUAGAAGUGAAUGAAGAGGGGAGGAAAGUACGUAGAAAGGACCCUCUACCAGAAUGGGAUGAAACCACCCCAUCACGUUCUGUAGUGGUCGUUAAUUUACCCAUGGAAAACCCAUCUAUCGAGAAUGUGGCAGAAAUGUUUUCCAAGUGUGGUGAAGUUUCGCUUAUUAGGAUUUUAAGACCAGGGAAGUCCGUGCCACAAGAUGUGAAAAAACAUUCCAUCAAGCAUCCAGAGAUUGGAACGACAACCUGUGCUGUCGUAGAGUUUGAGAAGCAUGAAGCAGCACAAAAAGCUUGUGAAACAAUGAACGAUACUGAAGAUUGGCGUCAGGGCAUGCGUGUUGUUUUACUUGCUGCUCAGAAGAAGAAAGAGAAUAAAAAGAAGGACAAUGGCGAUGAUUCAGGAAAAGAGGAUGAUGGUGAAGGGAAGGAUAAGAAAAAGAAGAGGAGAGAAAGAAGAAAGAAAAACAGAGUUGAUGAACUCGCUGACAAUGAUUCUUCUUGCUACUACAGUAGUGGUUCAGAGGCAGAGUUUGGCGUACCUCAAAAAGGCAAUUACAGAACACAUCAAAUGCUCAAGAAAACACUGAGUCCAAAUCACAUGGAACAUCCAGUGCUUAAAAAAACUCUGAGUCCAAAUCAUAUGGAACAUCCUGUUCUUAGAAGAACAAUGAGCCCUAAUAAUAAGGAACAUCCAUCACUCAAGAAAUCUUUGAGUGGAAGUCAGAUGGAACACCAAAAACUGAAAAGAACCAUGAGUCCAAAUCAAGAGCAUACUAUGCUCAAAAGAACUCUCAGUCCAAAUCAGUAUGACUCAAAUCGUCUGAGUCCAAAUUCCUCCCCAAGGUCAAGUCCAAAAUCUAGUCCUAAAACCAGUCCAAGGUCAAGAAGAAGAAAUUUUCAUGGGAUUUCACCUUUGGCCGAUGACAAGAAAAGUCCAAGUACUAGUCCAAAGUUGAGCCCUCAGUGUAGCCCAGACUUGGGAAGAAAGAAAUAUGAACAUUCUGCAGAUGGUAAACCGUCAAGCCCGUGGGUACAGAGAAGGAUGAUGCUGGCUGGUCAGGAUAAAGGCCAAGUGUCAGCCAAUCAGGUCAAUGGAAAGAGCCACGAAAAACACAAGAUGUAUGGAAUGGAAGGGGUCAUUCGACAGCCCAGAGGACCUGACGGAACCACUGGCUUCCACUUGGGACGAGGAAAACCAAGGAGCAGCACAUUUUCUUAAACUGCUUUUAGUGCAGCAGCUUUGCUGUCACAGAUAUUGCUUUUUUGUUCUGUGCACUCACCAUGACUCUAUAAAGCUGAACUUGACUUCACUCACAAAAAACAACGGUGGAGGUCUCUGUGAUAAAAUCUAUAUGGUACAUGUAUAAUGUUAAACAAGUCUUUUUAUGCUGUUCACUCCUUUUUUUGUACCUUACACAGAAUGUCAAUGACUUGGAAAUUUAAUCUUGUAGUAAUGACAGCAAAUUCAUACAUAUAGUAAAAGGUGCCCGCAUGCAUACAUCAUUCAAAAGUCAGAAAUGGUGCAAAAAUUGUGUUGCUUGAAUACUUGCUAAAAGCACAUUUUGAUAACUGUUGUGUUUACUCUUAGCAAUGGGUAGUGUAAUUUAAAUCAUCAAAAUGGCUUUUGUUUAAAAAUGCAAAUGAGACAACUUAGCAAUUUGAUAUUUAUGAUGGUUGUGUUCAUUAAUAAUGAGACGAUUAUUCAACGUUUUAUUGUCUCAGCUAGGUGAGAGUAAAGGUGCACAAAUGUUUUUUUUUAAAGCAUUGAUUAUGUUAUAGGAAGUGGUUGUCAAGUAUAUUGAAUAAUGAUUUUUUCUAAAAAUGUCUCAGAUCCCAAGUGCUUAAAUUAACAGAGGUUUUGUUUUUCACUGACCUCUGAUGUAAAAAAUAAAUUAGAUUCUGUCUUACAUUUUUACCAGAAUGUUGACAUUUUGGAAAACAUAGAUGUUAUGUAAAAAAUUUGCUGUAAUUUUGCUACAGUAUAGCAUAUUUUUUUUCUUCAAAUGUUAAAAUGAGAAGAUACAGUUCUGAAGCUCAUUCAAUUCAAGUUCAUUGGUUCAUUACAAGUAUAAAAUCAAUUAUUAUGAAUAUGUAUAAAAUCAAUUAUUAUGAAUAUCACCAUUCCUUGGUAGAGUUAAUGGGGAUGAAGAGGAGGGGGACUAAAAAUUUUAUAUUUGCAACAACUAGAGUCAAGAUUGUAUAUUGUGUAGUACACAUGUAACAAUAAUUUUGUAUGUAUUUGUAUUUGAGUGUGUUAUGACAUGACUGUAUCACUUGUUAAUGCUCAUGAAGAAAUAGUAUUUAUCUGCAGAGCUUCUAUACAUGAUCUGGAGCUAUCUGUUUAAAAACAUUGACUUUGAACACAUCAGAGAACAGUUCUACCUUCAUAUUUUGUCAAGCUUUUUCUUGCCAGCUAACAUGGCUUGUAUAUUAUUUUCUUAUGGUGUUAUCUGUAUAGAAGGUAGAGAAAUUCAUUGCAACAAUUAUUGAUCUCUUUAAGAAACUCAUGGCCAGCAUAUUGAUGUCAAGACAGCGAGUGGUUAGGUGUUGCAUUGCAUGGGGAAAAUCUCAUUCUACCGCAGAAAUAGAUAUUGAAAUUUAAGAUUUUUUUUCUCACAUGAAACAUUUAAAUCAAGUGUCCUUUUUACUUUUGUCCUGGUUUAAGCAAAAAUCUACUGUACUGUGCAAUACUUAAUCUGAUAUAUAUGUGCAUGUAAUACGAAAAUGAGAUGACAGAACAGCUUAAAUGAUAUUUUAAUGCAAAAGUGUGUACUUGAGCCAUUACUACUGUACAGGAUAAUUAUGAAAGGGAAGUGCACAGUUACAUAAAUAAUCCACUAUUAUUGCUUAGAGCCUUCAGAACUGAUUUCAUAUGCUUAAAAUUUUCAUUUUCUGCAUUUGGUAGAUUUUUGCAGAUAUUUUUAAUUGCCCAAUCAUUUACAUGUACUGGUAUUUUCCAACCCUUUUUUGAUUAGGUAAAACUGAUUCAAAAGUUCUUUCUUUAAAGUCUAAGUAUUACAUUUACACAAAAUAUACACAAAUCAAAGAAAAUAAUAUACUCUGCUUGGUUAUUUAUACUGAAAAGUUUUGAAGUCCAAAUAUGGCACCUUAAAGUAUUUUUAAUUUUUUCUGCAGGGAGUUUUUUUUUUUAAAGAUUGUUAAAGAUGUUGACUUUUCAUUACUUUGAUUGUGAAAAAAAACUGCUUUUGUAUUGAAUAUGUUUUUGGAGUGAAAGUACUUUGUAUUAAUUUUGCCAUUGCUAUACUUUUUUUGGAAAGAAAUUGAUUGUUGAUGAGUUUUUUCGUACACUCUAUUCAUUAUUGUUGGAAUGGUUUAGAUGGUCAUUUAUAUAUUUUUUAAUUAAACAUGAUUUAAC